UGCUGCCUUUUGUGUGUGAGCCAUGAAGGUGUGGGUGGUACUGGUGCUCGUUCUCCUGACGGUGUUGUUGGCGGCCAGGGGCGUUGCAGAGAAGAAUGAGGGCCGGAAGGUGAAGAACCCAAAGAACGAGGUAGGCGAUGGAGGUGGAAAGGAAGACGUGACUGUAACAGGCAGUGGGGCGUGUAAGAACGGUGACAACCAACCUCACCUCUCUCUCACCGCCCGCGUCCAGCAUGCACAGGUGGUGUUCUACGGGUUUGUGACUCGAGUGUACAAGAAGAAGGGAAAGCAGACGUACCCGGCUGAGUUCUUCAUAGUGAACGUCUUCAAGGGCGCCGAGUUGAUGGCCAGGUUGCUCAAGGUGGACGGUGGGUACGGCGGCGUCUACAACCUGAGGGAUAAACGCAUCAACGUGACCAACUUUGGCCCCCGGGAGGCUUGUCUCUCACCCCUGGAGGAGCAGAGGACCUUCAUCAUCCUCGCCACCUCCAAGACCGGUCGUCGUCUGCGUGCCCACUACGACCACCCAGGAGGCGCCGCCGUCCAGUGGACCAAAGAAAACGAGGAAGAAGUGUGGAGGGCCUUAGGUAAGUGA